AUGGCUCGCACUAAGUGUACAGCCCCAAAGUCCACCGGCGGAAAGGCUCCAACGAAGCACCUUAGGGCUUUCUAUGCUGCCGCUCGUAAGACUGCUCCCGCCACUGGAGGAGUGAAGAAGCCACGCCGAUAUCGCCCUGGAACUGUUGCUCUUCGUGAAAUUCGCAAAUAUCAGAAGGGCACAGAGCUACUUAUAAGGAAGCUACCGUUCCAGAGACUUGUCAGGGAGAUUGCCCAAUUUUGCAAGAGUGAUCUACGUUUCCAGAGCCAUGCAGUGCUUGCUUUGCAGGAGGCAGCCGAAGCAUACUUGGUGGGACUGUUUGAAGACACUAAUCUGUGUGCCGAGCGUGUGACCAUUAUGUCCAAAGAUGUGUAUUUGGCCAGGAGGAUCCGCGGCGAAAGGCUGUAA